GAUAGUGAAUCUGGGCCUGUGACGUCAUUUCCCCCUGGAAGCUUGGAUUUAUCCCCCCACGAACUUUUUCAUUCUCUCACUUUUUCUGUUCUUUUUCUUGGACACGUUAGUAGCACCAAACAGGCCUAAAAUGUCGCCGCCUUCAAGACGGCUUCAGACGAAGCCGGUCAUCACCUGCCUGAAGACCCUCCUCAUUUCCUACAGCCUCAUUUUCUGGUUCACCGGCAUGAUUCUGUUGGCGGUGGGCGUGUGGGGGAAGGUCAAUCUCGAGGCGUACAUCUCGCUGUCGACCGACGAGACCACCAACGCGCCGUACGUCCUCAUAGGCACCGGCGCCGCCAUCAUCAUCUUCGGGCUGUUCGGCUGCUUCGCCACGUGCCGAGGCAGCACGUGGAUGCUCAAAUUGUAUGCCAUGUUCUUGACCGUGGUCUUCCUGGCUGAGCUGGUGGCUGGAAUUUCAGGCUUCAUCUUCAGGCACGAGAUUAAGGCGAAAUUGGGUAGCGCGUACAAAAAUGCAGUCGAGUCCUACAACAGCACAGAGACCAGCAGAACUGCAGUGGAUGCAAUCCAGAGGACUUUGCAAUGUUGCGGUGUGAAAAACUACACGGACUGGGUCGGCACGGACUACUUCAAAGAGGGGGGCAUCCCUGCUAGUUGCUGCAAAGUCAACACCAAUUGUUCCCCGGAGACCCUUAAGGACGUGGACAAAGCGAAGAAUGAAGUUUACAAUACUGGCUGCUUCUCUCUGGUGACUAAUGUCAUGGAGUCCAACCUGGGCAUCAUUGCUGGGAUCUCGUUUGGAAUUGCCUUCUUCCAGCUCAUUGGGAUAUUCCUGGCCUGCUGCUUGUCUCGAUACAUAACCAACAACCAGUACGAGAUGGUGUGAGAGUUCCGCCAACGAACUCAGGUGAGGUGGCGGGCUGCUCCCCGACUUAAACGACCGACCCUCCUGUGAUUUUUAAGCCUUUUUUUUUUUUUUUUAUCCGCACACACUACAUGACAGAGGAACAGAAGGGAAUAUUACAAAGGGAGUUUGAGAGGAAAGUAGUUUGAUUCAAACAUUUCAACUUGUUUUCUUAGAUAAAAAGAAUAAACUUUUAAGCCUAGAUGUUAUUGAGUUGAUGUUUUUCGUUCUCGAGUGUUUUAGUAUUGCGUCCAAGUUUCUUGCCUUUAAUUCAUGCAAAUGUCUUAUUUGGUCAUUUUAAUAAAACGUGCAUAGACAGAUCGAUAAGGGAAUGUGUGUGAGGUUAAUUGUGAAGGAAACCGCAUAUUGUAUGCAAAAUACCAAUUGUGAUAACCCACAUUUUCAUAUCAGUCAUCACCAGAGGUGGGUAGAGUAGCAAAAUAUCUGACUCAAGUAAGAGUAGCGUUACUUCAAGUAUGGUAUUCAGGUUUUUACGAAACUAUGAGCAUUUUCCAGUAUUGAUGUGUUCGAGUCCAUGUGUAACAGUCUUGUUGCCAAUAUUGCUGUCUGACGUGUAAAUGUAACUUGUAUAAUUGCUUUUACUAUGUGGAUGAAUUUUAAAAUAAUAAAUGAAGUCAAGUAAAUUCCCUGUUCUAAUGCCAAGUUUUUGUAAUACAAAUGUUACCAAAUCAAUCGCU